GGAAGAGCACAGUUUCUCCUCGGCUCACAGUGAACACAACUCAGACUAUUAUUUUGGACCCCACGGCUCGUCCUGAUGGGCUGCCUCAACCUCACCAGCAGAAACGAGACUUUGCCUGGCAAGCAGCCCUUCUCGGUGCAGACCUCAGUGUUGCUCACCACCCUGGUGGGGAUGCUCAUUUUACUAACCGUGUUUGGCAACGUCAUGGUAGUGAUUGCUGUGAUCACAAGCCGAGUCCUGAAGGCACCCCAGAACUUGUUUUUAGUCUCUCUGGCUUGCGCAGACAUUCUGGUUUCCACCUUAGUGAUGCCAUUUUCCUUAGCAAACGAACUCAUGGGUUACUGGUACUUUGGCACAGUGUGGUGUGAAAUCCACCUGGCUUUGGAUGUUCUCUUUUGCACUUCAUCCAUCGUUCACCUGUGCGCCAUAAGCCUGGACAGGUACUGGUCUGUGACUAAAGCCAUCGAGUAUAACCUGAAGCGGACGCCCCGCAGGAUUAAAUGCACAAUCUGCUUGGUUUGGGCGCUUGCAGCCUUGAUUUCAUUUCCCCCGCUCAUCACAAUGACAAAGAAGGAGGGAGGAAAGGACAACCCUGCAUGCAAGAUCAACGAGGUGAAAUGGUAUAUCAUAUUCUCAAGCAUUGCAUCGUUCUUUGCACCCUGUGUCAUCAUGAUUAUGGUGUAUGUCCGGAUCUACCAGGUUGCCAAGAAAAGAACCAGAGCCUCACCGGGAGAACGGCAAAGAGAGAACGGCAAUUUAGAGAACACCCAAUUUGACAUGGACCCCGGAGAAAAGCAAGAAAAAGAAAUGGAUGAGCCGAAAGAUGGGGAAGAGGUCUACAGGCUAGAUGUGGAGGAAGAGCCGUCCUCCUCUGAUGGGAAUGAAAACAUCUUGUGUUCCCUGAUGAAAAAGAGGAGCGGAAGAACACCCAAAGUGACUCAGGUGAAAUCUAAAGAAACUUAUACAAAGGCAGAGGACCUGUCCUCUGCGAGGGCGAGCAAGUGGAAGGGAAGGCAGUACAGAGAGAGGCGCUUCACCUUCGUCCUGGCUGUGGUCGUGGGAGUGUUUGUUCUUUGCUGGUUCCCCUUUUUUUUCACCUACACGCUUGCAGCAGUUUGUGACAUGUGCUGCAUCCCAGAGACGCUGUUCAAAACCUUCUUCUGGUUCGGUUACUGCAACAGCUCACUAAAUCCGGUGAUAUACACUAUAUUCAAUAAAGACUUCAGAAAAUCAUUCAAAAAAAUCCUUUGCAAAAGAAACACAGGAGGUUUGUAAUUAAAACAAAACAAACAAAAAAAAUUGUAUUAUGCUUGUAUUGCAAUCUGUAUUACAAUGUUGCAGCAUGCCAGUUUAGAGUUUUGAUAUUGUAUAACUGUGACAUUGUGGGUGGCUAUUUAUGAAAAAUGUUACAUUAAAUGUUCAUGUUUAUAAUCAUAAUUAUAAUAUUGUCAUGAAGAGUACAAAUUUAAAAUGACACAGAUGCAUCAAAACAUGACUUAUAUCUGCAUGCUUUUAGGAGAUGGUAUAAAUCUCCUAAAAUUUCAAAGUUUGUAAAUAAACAUAACUUGGCACAUUAUUUAUUUCUGCCAACUGUAUAAUAUCCCCACAGCGGUGGCGAUUCAGUAAGGGAAAUUAAAUGCCAAAAAGAUGCAUAACAGACCUGUGACACAUACAUAAUCACCUCGUCAGAGCUGGCAAAAGACUAUAUGGGACCCUAAUCAUUUUAAUUUGGGGCCUCAUUUCCAGUUAAGCCCGAAGCCUCAACAACACCAUAAAUCUGCUUUAAAUUAGAUUUAACAGCGCUAAGCUUUCACAGUUCACUAGCAAACCGACAAUUAAAUUGACUAUUUGUAUUUAUCUUGACCCUGACAUCAUUUGCUUCACAUUGGUUGUUAAAGUAAAACUUGAAAAUGCAGUAAGUUGCGAAACUUCAACAUAUUUUGUUAGGAUUUCUUUUCUCUUUUUUUUUUGCAUAGUUGAAAAAUGAAAGGAAUAAAAAGUACAAAUAAAAAUCUAAGAAAGUGUGGUGUGCCUUUUAACUCUCCUACGAUGUAAAUUUCUGAGGCACAGCUAUAAUGUUCCUGGCUCAAGUUGACCCAUGGAUUUUUUUUUUAAUAUGCACUAAUGUCAAAAUCCAAAAUGUUUCCCCCAAAACAUUCUUAUAUCUGAUCAGUGCUAACAAUUUCAAUCAAUAUUUACUGCAAUGAUGUAAUUUGCCGCUUAGAGAUGAAGGCUGAAUGAGGAUAAUUCACUUGUUUUUCACAAAAAUAGAACUAUUUUAAUUUUUAAUCUCCACUAGGAAAGCCUACACAGACAAGUCAACCUCAAAAUUAUUUUGUCAAUUAUUUUGUCAGUGUUCAGUCAUUCACCUGGUGCUAUGUGAUCCAGUAACCGUGUCCAAGUUACCUACUCCCCCUUUGACAGUAUUAAAGGAUUUGUUUUCUGGUCCUUUCAGGUGAUGAUUUCAGCACUUUUGUGCAAAGUACUCAAGAGGACAACAUUUUCUCCCUUUUUAUUAGGGCACUGUAAAUUAUCUCAGAUUAUGUUUUGCCCCCUGAGACCAUUUGCCAUAGUAAGCACCGCCCUUGUAUCCUAAUUCUUCUCUGGAGAUGCUAAAGCUGGUUUUCCAACGAAAAUCAGCAUUGUCUCUGUAUAGCUAGUGUUUGCAUCACAUGCUGCCCACAUUUAUGCCAUAUUUAGCCCAAAUAUGCCCAUAUAUAUCCCAAAUAAAAGUAUUUCCUCAAGCUCCUUUUAUUAUUAUUAUUAUUAUUAUUAUUAAUAAUAAUAAUAAUAAUAAUAAUAAUAAUAAUAAUAAUAAUAAUAAUAAUAAUAAUAAUAAUAAUAAAUAUAAAUCCAUUUGACCUUCAACUUAACAGGAGGGUUAAGUUAAUCUCCCUUUAAAAUUGUAACUUUUUAAAAACAUUCUUUAAAAUUGGCUAUUUGUGAACAUUUGUAAAGGGUAAAAAUUAAGACAAAUCUUUAUUAAACAACCAAAUAAAUAAAUAAAAAUGUUAAGAGCUCUUGCACCUCCUGCCCUACUUUUUUGGAGAAACAAAUUUAGCUUUUUAUGGGGCCAGCCCUGCACCAGGUUGUACUUCUUCAAGCGAGUCAGUGAUUUUGCAUAACAGCAAAUAUCUUUUCUUAUGAAAAAACCUGGAAGGAUUUACCCAGAAUUGCUAAUUUACUUUACUUUUGGUUGACAAUUUCCAUGAUGGUUUCCAUGUUUCCACCUUCAACUUCAGGAAAUAUAUUUCUUCUCGUUUUAAUGCAAAUGGAUUUGGAUAGUAAAGCCACUGUUGUUUAUUUCAAUGUGCUGAAGUGAAAAUAUACUUCACAUAUUUAACAGGCUGCAGUUUUUUAAAGUUUCUGUUGAUAUGACUAGCUGUGAUGGUGUAUGACAAGAACAAGGUCGAUUGUUCCAAUGUUCAACCCCAAUAAAUGACUUUUUGGCUUCUUUA